AUGACGGCUACUUUCACGUACGAUUCGUUGGGCUCGGCCUACGAUUACUGGGCAACACAGCAGACCGAAGGCGACACAAUUCCUGCCUACUCAUACUCCUUUGACUCUUCAUCCUCUCUUCCCUCCGAUUUCCUGGGCGAUGCCAUCACCACCACGACCAUGACCACUUCCUCAUCUACAACGAAUACGACCCCUGCUACGAGUGAUGCGUCUGCCUCUUCCUCUUCGCAGGUAGCCUACGACGCUGCUGGUUCAGUCUCGUCGGCUGCCGAAGACGCCCAGAUUAUACAAACCACCCUAAACUACCAGCCUUUGUUCCGCGCCUCUCUCGAGAUUCCUCGUUUCCACACCCCAUACCGCUGGUGGGAAGACGAAGCCCGCACCGUGCUGUGGAGCUUCGACAUCCGCCAGAUCAUGCUGGUUAUCCGCUUUGGCCUAUUCAACGACGGCAACCAGCCGCGGUCCGCCCUUCAGAAACGCGAUGCUACUUUUAUCGAAAAGUUUAUCGAGGGUCUUUUGCAGCCGUAUGAGCUGCCCUACCUGCCCAGUCUCUCCCAUGCCCAGCGAGUUGAAGAGAUACUACGACGCUGCCAGGUGACAGAGUCAACCAAUGUUUCAUGGAGUUGGUUUCCAAUGCGGGCUCGCCUCGUCACCAACCCAGCAACCGUUGCGCAAGAAAUCGAGGCGGAAAGCCACCUGCAGUUUAGAUCCGUGCCGUUUGAGACAUGGGUCCGCUAUUCCCUGGGAUAUGCUGCCCCAGAGGUGGACUGGUUCCUCCUGCAGCAUACUGUAUUCUAUAUCGUUCUUUAUGGUUACCUCCAAACAUACCCGCAAGAGAUUGCCAAAUAUCAACAAGUCGGAAAGUUGAUGAGCACAAAAAGUCCUUUUGCCCGUCGUGCAAUUGUAGAAUGCCUGUCUCAGUUCCAAUCCAAUAGUGCCGGCAAAGCCCCUCGGGCUCACACACCUGGUUUUGAAUUUAUCGCGGGGCCGAUCCAGGCCUUGUUCAAGGCAUCUCGGCUAGGCCUUUACAACACGGUGAAACUGCUCUCAGUCGUGUCUACUCGCUUUCAGCAGACGUACAUCCAUGUGCCGUAUAUGGACUGGUACAAGAAGCUGGAUACCCAAGUGCCGUUACUAGACAGCCUCCUUUCAUCCCUCUCAGCUACUGAUUUUGCUCGAUCGUUGACCCGCUCGGACGAAUCGAAAUUUUCCCAGUUAUCGCGAGAGAACCUCGUGGGCGAGCAGAACCCAACCGUCGAAGCAUUACACGAGAGGUGGUCUACUUUAGCAAUGAACGUUUACGAAUGUUGCAUCGCGUUACCCGAAAUCGUGUCCUACAUUCAGCAGAGUGCAGAGAUACUGCAUUCCUUACACAAUUACUAUUCUGCCGUUGCACUGAUCCGCGGCCUGCAGCUCGUGGGCAUGUCGUACUCGUGGAGCAGUCUUACUACAGAUGGCGAAGAAUCCAUCUCGAUAGUCUCGCUUACACCAGCAAGUCUGUUGUAUCUGUCAGACGCGUCCAACAAUCACGCUGCAUAUCGACAAGCGAUGAAAACGACGCCGGGCAUUCCUUUUUUAGUCCCACAUCUUGAGGAAUACCGACGACGUGGUGAGGUCGCUCUAGAUGAGUUGUUCACUCGAACUGCUUAG